AUGUCAUCACGUCUGCAGCCCCUACGCAGCAACGGACUGUUCCGCAACCUCCCCCAAUUUGGACCUGAGGUUUGUGGGUUGACUGCCAUUGUUUGCGGUGCCAGCGGCAUCUCGGGAUUUCAUGCCUUGAGGGCUUUGCUCGAUACACCUCGCUGGUCACGCAUCUUCAUCAUUUCGAGGUCUCCUCUUUCUGAAGCGGCCAAGUCAUUCUUUUCUAACGAACAACUCUCCCGAGUCACCCAAGUGCCAGUUGAUCUGUCGUCUCCUGCAGAAUCAAUUGCAGAGAAGCUGCAGCAAGCUCAUGUAAAGGCAGAGUAUCUAUUCUACUAUGCCUACCUCCAACCGAAAACGGUGCUGGAUCCGAUGAGCCCAGAGGCGGCCAAGGCCCUAAUCGAAACCAACGCACCAAUGUUUCAGAACCUCCUUGAUGCCAUGCCUCUCGCCGGCAUAGUGCCCAAGCGAAUUCUACUACAGACAGGUGGAAAGAACUAUGGCAUGCACCUGGGCAGGGUUCGCACGCCCAUGGUCGAAUCCGACCCACAGCCGCGCCAUAUCGCCGACAAUUUCUACUACCACCAGGAAGACGCUAUGAAAGACUUCUGCGCCAAGUUUCCUGGCACCGCUUGGAACAUAGUGCGGCCAUUUGGGGUCAUUGGUGCGUCUCCUAACUCGCCUCUCAACAUGUUCGUGUCAUUUGCCAUCUACGCCGUUGUCCAGGCGCAUAAAGGUCAACCGCUUGAGUUUGGUGGUGAUUUGACAGCUUGGCAAUUCGAGGCAAUGCAUUCAACGGCUCGCCUGACAGGCUACCUGAGCGAGUGGGCCGUGUUGGAACCUGACUGUGCCAACGAGGCCUUCAACGCAGUGGACGGAGCCACUCUGAGCUGGGACAGAUUCUUCGGCGCUCUGGCGCAGUGGUGGGGAGUCUCGAAGGGUGUGCUUGGGCCAAGGAUGGGUGAUGACCAGCACAGCAAGGUCAUGUCAUUGGGUGGCGAUUCUAAGAAUCCGCUGGGCUACGGCCCGCCACAGGAGAUGAAGAGACGAUUCACGCUUCGAGAAUGGGCCGAGGAUGAAGCCAACAAAAACACGUGGAAAAGGUUGAUGGAAAGCUCAGCCGGAGAGCUGACUUGGAACCCCUUUGAGGAGAAUUUGGAUUCCAUUUUUAGUGGCGACUUUGCAUACUUAUCGUUUGGCACUGCAUCUCUAGCCAAGACAAGGAGGUUUGGGUUCAAUGGUUUUGUUGAUCCUUUGGAAAGUGUACACGAGAUGUAUCUGGAGUGUCAGAAGUUGGGUAUGUUGCCUAGGAUGGCUGCUCAGCGGCAACGGAGCCGCCAUUCCGCCGCUAAGUUGAUCCACUCUGAGUCCACCAAAGCAUUUGAUUUGAUACGACCUCAGUCUGAACGCCGCACGCACCGACCACUUUCUUCACACUUCCCGCGCUUCCCCCUCGUACUGCCUGUUCUUGAGCUUCAGCUUACUCUCCGCCCAAGCCGCCGCUGGGUCUGCAAUAACGCGAAGCGCAUGGAUCCUCCUGCGAAACGGCGUGCUGCAAUUGCCUGUAACUACUGUCGCAAACGAAAACGGAAAUGCGAUGGGCGACAGCCUGUGUGUAGUCUCUGCGAGGAAUCGAAUGAUUCACAAUGCGUCUACCAAGAGCAGGCAUCCAAGCCAAGCUGCGGACACAAUGAUGAGCACACAUCCAUCAUCCUAGACAGGCUCGAGAACCUUGAGCGAAUCGUUGCAAACUUCGGUUCUAGCGAAAUCGCAACGACUGCUUCUGGUCAGCAUCAUGCAAGUCCCGGUGCUGCGUGGCUUCAAGCCUACUCGCCAGCUGCUACCACCAGCGCCGGGUUGACUUUCGCUCAAGUAUCCCCAGAGGCUGGGACCAUAAACGUCGCUGCCACUAUCCCCUCCCCUUCCGUCCCGGCGGCAAUGCAUCCGCACACGGCAGUCCAACCAGAGUCGCCGGAAAGUACCAGUGCCGCCAUGACGAUCCCGAUCGCGCAUUCUACAACAACCGGAGAUCUACUGCGUUCCGAGGCCAUCAAGCUACUUGUUGGAGAUUAUCCCCCUUUUACCCUCUCUCGUGUUGAAGUCAAGCGGAAUGUUCCUCAAAGGCUGUCCCUCGGUGAGGCGGGGAAACACAGUAGGGCGGGUUUGCCCGAUGUCUCACAUUGGCAGACACGGCAGCUCAUCGAGGUCUAUUUCAACCUAGUUGGAACACAGCAUCCAGUAUUAGAUCGCGACGAGUUCUUGCUACUAUACGACAAAGUGGUCGCCGAGGGUACACUCGCUAUUACUCACUCUGUCUGCCUUGUGUUUAUGGUUCUGGCACUCGGUUCCAUCGCUCAGGUUUCAAGCUUCAGGGAUGUUUCCGAGGAUGCACCACCUGGAAUCGAUUUCUUUGAGCCCGCUCUUAGACACCUCAUCGACGAGUGGCCCCUGUUUUCCGGUGCUGAUAUUGUUCUGCCGCAAGCCAUGUACCUAGCCUCGCUUUACUUUGGCUACCUAUCUCGACCCCUCCAAACAUGGCGACUGGUGCACAUGGCAUCCACCAGCACCCAACAGAUCCUGCUAUGGUCUGUUUCUGUGUCACAUAACAGCCGGCUAGCACACUCGGCUAAUGAUAAUUCAGGACAAGCCCAACGCCUGCACUUAUUCGGCUCUGCUGGGCUGUGUUCAUCUUGGAAUGCUGAGCACCAUUUACCAAGGAGCGGGGUGGAGCAAGUUGUAGAAGAUAUGCCUUUCCCAGAUUGUGGGACUCCUGCAGAUCCUCACAUGCUGUCUUGGCUAGCGAACAUCUCUUCUCGCAAACUGCUAAACCGCAUCCACAAUGCACUGUACGACCAAUCUCGCAAGAAGACCCUGCCAAGAGAAUCCCUCGAAGGCAGCGGCCCUUCCUUUCGCAUCUCUUAUGAGCUAGCACACCAGCUGCGUGAAUGGUUCACGCUUCUACCGGAGUCUAUCAAGCCGCCUGCUGUUCUCGAGAAUAUGACGAUUGAGCAAGCCGUGCUAAAGAUGCGCUACCACGCUGCAGGAGAUAUCAUCUUCCGGCCCUUCUUACUACGUGCAUUUCACUUGUCUUCUCUGGGGCAGGCGAUCCCACAGCAGACACUCUCUAAUGCAAGCGAGUGCCUAACCCAUUGUCAGCAGUAUAUCAAAACUGUUAUAGUGCGUUUAAGGCAGCCUUCCGCCUCCCUGGAAAUCUUCCUCCACUCUGCACUGGCAUGCAUUCUGCUGUUAACAAAGGCUUCGCUCUGCCCCGAGCUGUCUGGGUUGAUAGAUGGAAUAGCACAGCUACAGGACGACACUAUCUUAAUCUUUGAGAAUUGGACAGCUCAUGGAUCUAGCAUUGAGGCGAUGCUCUGUAUUGUGUAUGCUGUGAAGGCAAAGUAUAGAAUGCUCAAAUAG